AUGGUACGCUGUCCUUUCUUCACGGGUUUCAUAAUCUUGUGCUGUGUAACUCGCAUUUAUACACAACAAUGCGAGCAGAGUGUCGAUCUCGCACGUUUUGAUUGUCAUCCAGACGAUGGUGCAUCACAAGAACGAUGUGAGGCACGCAAAUGUUGCUGGCGAUUAUCAGUACAACAUACAAAUUCGACACGAAACUAUCGCAAAAGUCUUCAAGACAUAAGUGUACCAUUAUGUUAUUUUCCAUCGGAUUUUCCUGCAUAUUCGAUCGUGUCGAACGAACCAACUAGUUUUGGUCAACGAGUUCGUAUCGUCAAAUCACAAACGACAUUUAUGCCAAAUGAUAUUUUGGAUUUGACAGUCGAUCUUCUCUAUGAAACACAACAACGAUUUCGUAUUCGAAUCUAUGAUACAUUCAAUAAACGCUUCGAAGUGCCAUUAGAUGUACCCGUGGUAGAAAAGAAAGCGGACAUGACUGAUUAUGAAGUUAAACUUGCUCAAAAGCCAUUUGCAAUCCUAGUCACUCGGAAAUCGACGGGUGUCACAUUAUUCGAUUCCAGUUUGUCGCCACUGAUCUUCGCCGAUCAGUUUAUUCAUAUUUCCACUCGUUUAUCAAGUCCAUUGCUAUACGGUCUUGGAGAACAUACGCAACCACUGCUGAUCAAUAUUACAAACGAAUGGAGAAGAUUAACAUUUUGGACACGAGAUAUCGGUGUACGACCGGAUACGAAUCUUUACGGUAAGAAAAUAUUCCAACAAAUGAUUGGAAUGAAAGAAUUCUUAUUAGGUGUUCAUCCAUUUCAUAUCAAUCUUGAGUUGAAUAAGACUGGUCAGACAAAUUUUCAUGGUCAAUUUAUGUUGAAUGCCAAUGCUAUGGAUAUGAACCUUCAGCCAUUGCCUGCUUUGACUUAUGUUACUAUCGGAGGCAUUGUCGAUCUAUACGUCUUCACAGGUCCGACAGUUCAAAAUGUUAUUCAACAGUAUUGGGAUGUCAUCGGAAAACCAUUGUUUCCACCUUACUGGACUCUUGGCUUUCACUUAUGCCGUUGGGGAUAUGGUACAAUUGAAAAUCUCACCGAAGUCAUGCAACGAAUGCAUGAUGCUGAUUUUCCCGUGGAUAUUCAAUGGACUGAUAUCGAUACAAUGUACGCUCAUCUCGAUUUUACAUAUGAUAACAAAACCUUUCACGGUUUACCUGAACUCGUUCGUAAAAUCAAAGCCGAAGGUAGACACUACAUGAAUAUCAUCGAUCCAGGUAUCAGCUCAACGCAACCACCGGGUACUUAUCCACCGUACGACGAAGGACUGACACAAGGUAUUUUCAUUACCAAGUAUAACUCUACCGAACCCAUUGUCGGAGAGGUCUGGCCAGGUCCUACUGUUUUUCCUGAUUUUACGAAUCCUAAAACGGUGGAAUGGUGGACUAAAUUUCUUGCAGCUUAUCAUGAAAUCAUUCCCGUUGAUGGCAUGUGGAUUGAUAUGAACGAACCAUCGAACUUUGUCGAUGGAUCGCACGAAGGCUGUACUUCGAAUUCUCUGGACAACCCACCAUACACUCCUCAUGUCUAUGGUGGAAAUAUCACCGCGAAAACCGUAUGUACAUCAGCACAACAAUAUUUAUCGUCGCACUACAAUUUGCAUAGCAUGUAUGGUUAUUUCGAAGCUAAAGCUACUAACAUUGCUUUGAGAACCAUUCUCAAGAAACGUCCAUUUGUACUGUCGCGAUCGACAUUUGCUGGCUCAGGUCAUUACACAACCCAUUGGUCAGGUGAUAAUGCUGCCACUUAUCAAGAUCUCUAUCAGUCAAUUCCAACUAUUCUUAAUCACAACAUAUUUGGUAUGACAUUUGCUGGUGCAGAGAUUUGUGGUUUUAAUGACGAAACAACGGAAGAUUUAUGUACAAAAUGGAUGCAAUUAGGCGCUUUUUAUCCUUUUAUGAGAAAUCAUAAUGAGAUUGGCAUUAAGGCACAAGAUCCUGCAGUUUUCUCAUGGGAAGCUCAGCAAAUCAUGAAACAAGCCUUACUUAUGAGAUAUUCUCUGCUUCCAUAUUGUCAACUUCUUCCCUUCAGUUCGAUUUCUCCAAAUCUACUUCAAAAUUCAACGAUAGUUCAUGCAUAUGUUCCACAAGAUGUAUGGUAUGAAUUUCCCUCAGGUAUACAAGUAAACGAUGUGGGACAAUAUGUCGAUUUCGAAACGCCAAUUGAAAAGAUCAAUGUUCAUGUUCGAGGUGGAUUUAUUAUUCCGAUGCAAAUUCCAGGAUCGAACCUCGUCUACGGUCGUACGAAUCCUUUAGAAUUUCUUGUUUCUCUAUCUCAAUCAGGAAGUGCGAGUGGAAGUCUAUUCUGGGAUGAUGGAGAUUCCAUGGACACAAUUGAAAGUAAAUCAUACAGUUACUUUGAAUUCAAUGUGACAACAUCAAUUUUAUUCAUCUAUGGUGUUAAUUUGAACUUAUUAGACGAUAAAAUGACUCAAACAAUUGAAUGGGCAACAUCAGUUUGA